GCUCGAGAAUGCACAACCCAGAGAACAGCUGCGAAUGAGCACCGCCCGCCUCAGAAUCCUCUACAGGAUACAAUGCGUACUGUUCGUUGUUGGAUUCUGUAACUGCGGAAAACUCAUAGUGAGCAACUCUGAUGUUUCGACUGCGCUGGCCAUUGCCUGCGGGGUGUCAUUUGCUUCGAGCCUAAGUCUAAAUCAUUGACCGUCAUGUCACGUUACGCCCACGACCAGAAUUACCCCAACGGCAGAAGUCGCCGCAGCGAUCAGCAGCAUGCGCAUGGUCGAGGGGAUGGGUACAACACACAACGUAGACAAGGCGAGCAUGUCGCUCUUGGCCAGCAGAGCGCACCUAUCCAAAAUCACUAUCGCAUGCAGUUGAACAAUUUUCUGCAACAUAGAUUCAGAUCUACACAAGACCUCCGGCUCGAUAGCUCAUCGAUCGGUCCUGAGCGCGCACUAUGGUGGACCGUGACCGUAUACUUCCGAGACUGUAAAUAUGGCAGAGGCGAGGGGGCAACCAAAGCGUCUGCCACAGAAAUUGCUUGUCAGAUCGCUCUGCAAGCCCUCAUGUAACCAGGAAUUGGCCAUUGAAUUUCUAUCGUUUGAUUUGGCGUGUAAAUGCUUUUACUGCUUUGUUUUCCUCUUAUCCUCUUGAUCACAAGACUGUUCUGGAUUUGCUGAUAAUUUGCUUACAUGAUUUUGUUCCGGUUCUGUCGUUCGCGAUUAGUAUUUUCCUCUUCAGUGUAGUCCCCGUGGUCCCCUACUUGUGUUAUGUUUCUUUGUAGUUAUCGAGUCUAUCAGAAUUUCCAACGAA